GGGGCCCGGGGCCAGCUGGAGUCCUCGUGUCCGCAGCCUCGGGGCCGGCGACGGCUGCUCUUUUCGUUCGUUCGCUGGCCCGAUGGAAGAGCCUCCCGGGAAGCCCCUCAGCUUUGAGGAGAAGGAAAAGUUGAAGGAAAAAUUAGCAUUCUUGAAAAGGGAAUACAGCAAGACUCUGGCCCGCCUUCAGCGGGCCCAAAGAGCUGAGAAGGUUAAGAAUUGUAUUAAGAAAAUAGUGAAAGAACAAGAGUGUUUGCUCCAGCCACAAGUUUCACCACAGCUAAACCACUCAGAACCUAAAACUGAAGUAUCUUCUUGUGAUGCAUUACAAAUCAACACCCAUCUCAGUGAAGAAGCUGGAGACACUGAGUCUGAGUCCUUUAACCCUGGACGUGGCCCAGUGGAAGGAUCACACAAGUGGACAACAGAUUAUACACAGGAACAUUUUGCCUGCAGGGUCAGUGACCCUGAAGGUGAGAAAAGGCAGAGUAAGCUGCCAGGGAGGAGAAAGAAUCAGCAGAAGAGAACAUUUAUUUCACAAGAGAGGGAAUCUUUCUUAGACACUGAUUCACUUAUCUUAUCUGGAAAAAGACUAAAGGAACAAGAAGAACUCAAUAGAGAAAAUCCUGGGACACCUAUACUUAAAAGAACUGACUUUUCAAGUCCUCAGUCUGACAUUCCAGGUUCUCAAGCACCAGUUACAGAAACUAAUGAUGGGAAUGUGUUAAUUCCACCAAAUGCCAAACCACAAAGCAGUGUGAAUGCUCUCUUAGGAGGAAAUCAUUUCCCCAGGAUGCCCCAACCUCCUCUGCGUACUCAGUCAGAUAGCAGUAGUGGUCAGCACCUUCAACAUAAGCCUCCUACAAAGAACUGUGAACUUACUGCUCACGGUUUAAAAAAUACUAGCUCUACCUCACCUGUAAACUUUGAGGCACGCGACAAAGUGACUGUCUAUACAGAUAACCCAGAGGCAAAUAAAGCUAUAAGUGCAGGUGGCCAGCUGCCUAGAAGUCCUGACUUAGAGGCAGACAAUGCAUAUUCUGUGAAUGAACUCACUCACAACUUACCAGCAAAUGAAAACCAAAACUUAGAAGAACAAAAUCACACCGAGGAGUCUUUAGAAUCUCCCGGUAAUGCCCCUGACAAUAGAAAUGAAUGUUUUCAGGAAAAUGAGGUUCUGAGUUCAUCUAAGAGUCUUGGCCUAGAAGUAAUCUCUCCUGUUUCUGCAGAAAAUGAAACACCUUCUUGCACCAUGCUCGAAGGCCUUCUUUUUCCUGCAGAAUAUUAUGUUAGAACAACACGACAUAUGUCAAAUUUCCAGAGGAAAGUAGCCCUGGAGGCUGUAAUUCAAAGUCACUUGGGUAUCAAGAAAAAAGGGAUUAAAAAUAAAAAGGAAACUACCAAAAUUUUAAAGCUUUCCAAUGAAGAAACUAACCAAAAUGAAUAUAGGGUGAUUGACAAGUGCACAGGACAAGCAAGUUCAAAAAGUCCUUUUCAGAGACUUCUUUCGUUAACUGAAAUCAUUUCUCCUGCUGGGCCCACUAAGGAUGACUUUUCUAGAACAGCGGUUACCCAGCCAUCUGGUAGAAGACACAGAGGAAAAAGAAAGACAAUCCAAACUCCUACAUUACAUCAUCAUGAACGGCUUUUGCCUACUUAUGGCCCAUCAGGCAUUACUAGGUCCGAGGAAGAAGUCACUUUGCACAGUGAUCAGAAUGAAAAGGCAGUUAUUCAUGGCAAGAGGGAAGUUCAAGGGAAGGAUGGUCACUGCCAAAAAGAGGACUUCUUUUCUUCCAGUAAUAAUUCUUGCUUAGCUUUGGACGAUGGUGCUUCCUCCAGUGCUUCAUCUCAUAAGAAAGAAAUGCUGAGUUUAAAGCAACUGUCAUCUUUUCUCAAAAUCACAGACUUUCAGUUACCUGAUGAAAACUUUGGACCUCUUAAGGUUGAAAAACUGAAGACUGGCUCAGAAAACCUGAUUGAGCCUUUUGGAUCAAAAUUGUAUGGAGAGAGUCAUCUUAAAGAGGGAAAUUAUAUUGUUUUGGAGGAACUGACUCCUAAACAAAUCAACUUAGAAAUGGAGGAUUUGGGAGAGGAACUGAUUGUUCCACCAGGAAAUGCACAUCCUCAGAUACCAAAGCUAAGAAGCCAGCCUCAGCAGAAGGGCCUUUCCUCAUGCACAUUACUCUUCACUCCUUUAAAUACUUUUGCACCUGAUGGCGAUGACAGAACGACAGGUGUGUGCUCACCUGCUUUCCCUGUCUUAGGCACCACCCCAGCUCUUGGCUCCCAAGCACACUGCGACCCAGUACCUGCAGAGGUGGUUGGACCAACUUGCUCUUCACCCCGACUCUCUCAUGGGAAAGCCAGUGGGAGUAAACAAUGCGACAGUUGUACCAUCCAUCCUGAGUUAGAUGGCAGCCUGCACGUGUCAGGAAAGAAUGGACUGCCCUACUGUGACUGUGGUUCUGGUCCCCAAGCAACACCUCCACUCAGUAAAUCAUCCCCUUUGAAAGAAAAUCAGCUCUGUGGAAAUACAUGCCUAGAUUCAUGGAAAGAUUCUCUCAAACAGACUGAAAGAGCAGAUGUUCCUGCUGGUGACAACCUAAACCCAGGCAACCUACAACUGGUUUCAAAGUUAAAGAAUCCUUCAGGUUCCUGUUCUGUCGAUGUGGGUGCCGUGUGGUGGGAAAUAGCUGGUGUCAAACAGCCGUGUAUCGUAACUGCUUGUGAAUACGCCGUUUCUCUGUGGAAACCUCUGGGCCCUGGGCAGUGGAGGGAAAUGUAUUCCUGGCUCUUCACAGAGGUUCCAGUGUUACAGAUAGUUUCCAUGCCUGAUGUUUAUAAUCUUGUGUGUGUGGCUUUGGGAAACUUGGAAAUCAGAGAAAUCAGGGCAUUACUUUGUUCCUCAGAUGGUGAAAGUGAAAAGCAGGUGCUCCUGAGCUCUGGAAAUAUACACGCUGUGCUUGGCCUGACCGAGAGGAGGCUAGUCAGUAGCAGCAGGACCCUUUGUGACCAGCAAGUAGAGAUCAUAACAUUUGCAGAAGACGGAGGAAGCCAAGGAAAACAGUUUUUGAUGCCUCCCGAAGAGACUGUACUAACUUUUGCUGAGAUUGAAGGGAUGCAGGAGGCCCUGCUUGGCACCACUAUAAUGAACAAUGUUGUUAUGUGGAAUUUAAACACUGGUCAGCUCCUGAGAAAGAUGCACGUUGGUGAUUCCUACCAAGCUUCCAUCUGUCACAAAGCCUAUUCUGAAAUGGGGCUCCUUUUUGUUGUUCUGAGCCAUCCUUGUGCCAAAGAGAGGGGGCCGUCGGGAAGCCCUGUGUUCCAGCUCAUUGCGGUCAAUCCCAAGACGGCCCUGAGCGUGGACGUGAUGCUCUACUAUCUUCCUCAAGGGCAGGCUGGGAGGUUCCUGGAAGGUGAUGUGAAGGAUAACUUCGCAGCAGCAGUAUUGACUUCUGGAGCAAUUGCCAUUUGGGACUUACUUCUAGGUCAUUGCACAGCUCUUCUGCCACCCAUCUCUGACCAGAACUGGUCUUUUGUUAAAUGGUCAGGUACAGAUUCUCAUUUGCUGGCUGGACAAAAAGAUGGAAACAUAUUUGUAUAUUUAAUAAGUUAGGGUAAGGUGAAAACAUGGUGUUCUGGAUAUAUUUGGCCUCCUCGC